GAUCUACUUUCAGUUAACAGCUGACUGUCAAGGUGUAUACAUGUACAUUGUUAAUACCUGUACAAUUUUACAGGUGUGACAUUCAGUGUUUAAUAGCGAAUGAUUCUUUCUUUUGAAGAGGUGUUUAUUUUAUAUUUAAAAGAAAUAUUUUAGGAAGAUUAACGGAUACGGAUUAAUUGGAGAAUUAUAAACUGUGAACGGGGCUAGACAAAUUCCGUUAUAAUUCGUUCAGAGCACUUCAGAACUGGACAGUUAGUUCUUAACCGCCGUGGGAAAAAGACGGUAGACAAAAUUUUAAUAGACGAAAUGUUUGGAAUCAUAAUGAUAUGUUUUAACGUUUUAUAACAAAACUGCGAUAUAAAGUGGAAUACAAAAAUUCUUUUGUGGUGAAUUUAAAUGUUGUGAAUUAUUUUUCAAUGUAAAAUUGACAUUGUGAAAUUGUAUUUUUUUUAUCUACAGAACUGUGUAAUAUAUGUGUAAAAUUCAUUUUAAAGUGUUCAGACUUGUGACUUAUAAGCGGUGAUGUCAGUUGAUGUACUACCAGCCAAGGUGGCACAGGGUCCUGCGUUCAAGUACCCUCAUUUGGCAAACAUGAAGGAGGGCAGGCUACCAAAUGUGGCCCCAAUGAAGAGACGAGACUCUAAGGGGGUGAACAUUUCAAAUUUCGAUCCAAACUGUAUUAUAUAUGACUCAAACACAGACACUACUUAUCUCAGGGGAAAACUUCUAGGAAAGGGAGGUUUUGCAAGAUGUUACGAAAUGUUAGAUCUCAACUCGAAUGUUAUUUAUGCUGGCAAAAUCAUCUCCAAACACAGAAUAUCAAAACCUCAUCAAAGACAAAAGAUUAUGCGUGAAGUAGAACUUCAACGACCACUAAAACAUAGAAAUGUUGUAGAAUUUCACAGUUUCUUUGAAGAUGAAGAAAAUGUGUACAUAGUCCUAGAAAAUUGCAAUAGAAAAUCCCUUGUUUACAUGCUCAAACACAGAAAGACGCUGACCGAGCCAGAGGUACGUUACUACAUGGGCCAACUCGUAGAUGGUGUCAAAUAUAUUCAAGAACAUGACAUAAUUCAUCGUGACCUCAAGUUAGGCAAUAUGCUUCUUAAUGAUGACAUGGACGUCAAGAUUGCUGACUUUGGUCUCGCAACACGGGUAGAAUAUGACGGUGAAAAGAAAAUGACUGUCUGUGGUACACCAAAUUACAUUGCGCCGGAGGUGCUACAAAAGCGAGGUCACAGUUACGAGGCAGACACUUGGGCCCUCGGAUGUGUAAUGUAUGCAUUAUUGGUCGGUCAUCCACCAUUUGAAACAGCCACUCUGAAGGAAACAUAUAUCCGGAUAACUGAAAACCGUUAUUCUAUACCAGACUGGAUUUCUCCGCAAGCAAGACAUUUAAUUACAAAGUGCUUGACAAAUGAACCAGAACUUAGACCUAGUCUUGACAGUAUUUUAAUGGAUGAUUUUUUUAAGUGCGGACAUUAUCCAAAUAGAUUGCCGCCUAGUUGUUGUACAUCUCCCCCUCGAUUUCAAGCUACUUCGGCUGGGUCAUUUGUUCGAGUCUCCAGACCAAAGUCUUAUGCCGUCCCUGAAACGAGACCCGAGUCCGGUGUAGACAGAAUAACCUCUCCUAUCCGAGAACUGGAGAUCACAAAUCGUCAUGAACGACAGCAUUCAAAAGGCCGUCACACGCCAGACUUUUCCAUUCCUAUGUCAAGGAUCAGUGGAAGGACUUCGGGCUCGGAGAUGACGCGUUCAGACAGAUCCGACUCACCUGCGCUCAGAGAGUCAUCUCCAAAACCCCGCUCUGCUGCCAAUCUUCUAGAUGUGCUCACAACUUGUUUAGAACACAUGCCAAAAGAUGUGAUCAAAAAUCCUGAGCCCAUGAGUGACAUGACAAUCCUGUGGGUCAGUAAAUGGGUGGACUAUUCCAACAAGUAUGGCUUCGGCUUCCAGCUUUCCAAUGACUCUAUUGGAGUACUCUUCAAUGACACGUCCAAAAUUAUACUUUCUCCUGAUGGAAGAUCCGUACAGUAUUAUGAUAUGACCGGACAUCUAAUGGCAUUCUCUGUAGACCAGCCACCAGAUGACCUUGACAAGAAGACCACUCUCCUAAUGUAUUUUGCUAAAUACAUGGACGAGCAUUUAAUUCAGGGAGGUAAUAUAGAGUGCUCAAAGGAUUCAGAUGAUAUCAGUGUUGGCUCCCUUUGUUUGAAGAAGUGGUUCAGAACAGCUAAAGCAAUUGUUCUCUAUCUCAAUGAUGGGACAUUACAGGUGAAUUUCUUCGAUGACCACACAAAAAUUAUUUUAAGUUACAUGCGCAAUGAUUAUUUUGUGACGUAUAUAGACGAGGAGAGAUGUGCCACCACGUACAGCAUGGUGCACCUAAUCCAAGAUGGCUGCCGACGCGAUAUUAUGGACCGAAUGACAUUUUCAAGGUCAAUGCUGAAAAAUCUAGUGGACAUCGAAGGUGUAGAUAUUUAAACUGGAUAGAAGUUACUUAUGAUAGAGACUAUGUGGCAUAAUAAAACAAAAAACAAAACAAUGUCUUUCGUUUAAAGGGUGAUUAAAAGUGACUGUUUGUCAAAAGUGCUGUUAUAAAAGGCAAGGAUAAGGUGAAAAAAUGUAUACAAACUUGAUUCAGACAAUUAUAGGAAAAAGGCAAAAGUUGUAUGAAAUAUGAACGGAUUAUUUCUACUUGUUAAGAGUAGAAGUAAUGUAUUCUUCAGUGACAGAAAAAUGAAUUAAUUUGUUUGGUCAUAAAGUUUGAGGUACUAAGCCGAAAGGAUUGUUUCAGGCAUAACGAUAUAAUGAGAUUGCAAAUGCAUGCAAAAGUGACGUCUGCAGCCUUUGACAGAGUUGGUCUUCAGUGAGAGAAUAUAUAAUAAAAAAAAAACAGCCAAAAUAUUGCAAAUCUGUGAUGCAAACCUUGCUCAUUUAUUAUAUGAGGUAAAACAAAUAAAAACACUCCGUUCAUUACAUAAUUCAUGGUGAUUUAACGUAAGGAGAGCAAUAUAUCAAUAUAUAGUCCCGAUAUCGUAACACAAAGUGUUCUAAUUAUACAAUAAUAGGCAAAAAAAAUGAAUAAAUACUGAGCGAUAAAUCAUGUUAUCUCAUCUAGAUUGCUCAAAUUGUGAUGUUUAUUAAACGCCUAUUCAUUGUAAAUGACGUUAUGCAAUAAUGAAAUGUGAAAAUGCUCGUAGAUGCAUUAUUCGCAAUGUUUUGUUCAUGAUUUGAUGGGAGAAAUUAAUUAAAUGAUUUGAUUUUAAUUGAUUUACCGGAAAUAAACAAUGCAUUAUAGAAUCAUUAAAGUUUCAUGACUUUUUUUUCAAAAAGCAAAAUGUGAUAGAACCUAUACUCAAUUCUGGAUUUAGAAAGUAUUGUAGUGAAGUAAAUGUGAACAAUAGCCGAGAAUAAAUGUUUUAUUGUCCAAAGGAGGAAGCAGUGACAAGUGCCUUUAUAAAUGUGAUAAAUACAGGAGUUAAUUUCCCUCUUAAACUUUAAAAGAUUGAAAUUUAUGGCACUGUGUUUGUAUGAAAAUUGAGGGAAAUUGACUUUAGUGUUAAAAUGAUUUAUUUUCAAAUCAUUAUAUAACAGUGUUUAAUGGGUGUGUUUAAGACCCCAAUGACACUAAUACAAGUUUGUGCUAAAAUGGAAUACUUGAUGCUUUUUUUACCCCUGUAGUUUAUUGUUGGCAAAACAUAAUUUGUAAAGAAGACAUAACAAUGUUCAUUUUUUACUGUUAAUUUAGUUUUCAUAUUUAGUGAGCAUUCAAUUUGAUGGCAAAUAUUUGUUUCUAAUUUUCUUUAAUUUUAUUAAAACAUGUAAAUUAUUAAGUUGAAAAUUAUUUAACAUUGUAUCAGUCAAAAGUGUGUUGUAUAUGUAAUAAAUGCACUUUAUAAUUAUUUAGACCAGAUUUUUUUUUCAUUGGUCUUUUAUGUAGACAUUUUUUUUCCCUAUAUAUGAUUUCUGUCCCUUGAUUUUAUAGAUAAAGACAUGAUUUAUCUCCCUUGAACCAACUGCAGAUAUU